CCGCGGCUGCGAGAGAAAACGAGGAAGCGGCGGCUCCCGCAACGCCUAGCUGGGGUACAGCUCCACUCUUGGCGGAGCCGCGCCGCCCCGCUUGCUCCGGAGAGCGGCAGGAGCCGCCGGUGGGCGGCAGUAGGCAGUGAGCGGAGGAGCCUUGGCAGUGGCAUUAAACAUUAACUGACUACUUGGAAAAAAAAAUAAUAAUCAUGGCUUCCAACAUGGCUAGCCCUGCUAACCAUCUGCCAUACUUCUUUGGCAAUAUUACACGCGAGGAAGCUGAGGAGUAUCUGAUGCAAGGAGGAAUGAGUGAUGGACUAUACCUGCUUCGCCAAAGCCGGAAUUACCUAGGGGGCUUUGCCUUAUCCUUGGCCUAUGGAAGGAAGGUUCAUCAUUACACAAUUGAGAGGGAGUUGAGUGGGACAUAUGCUAUUGCAGGAGGCAAAUCACAUGCAAGUCCUGCUGAACUCAUUAACUAUCAUUCAGAGGAAGCAGAUGGCCUUAUCUGUCUACUGAGAAGAUCUUUCAAUCGACCACCAGGCGUUGAGCCCAAAACAGGGCCUUUUGAAGAUUUGAAAGAGAACCUCAUCAGAGAGUAUGUCAAACAAACAUGGAAUCUGCAGGGUCAUGCUCUUGAACAAGCUAUCAUUAGCCAAAAACCUCAACUGGAGAAACUGAUUGCCACUACAGCCCAUGAGAAGAUGCCUUGGUUCCAUGGGAGGAUCACUCGGGAGGAGUCAGAGCAGCGUAUCCUCAUUGGAUCAAGAAACAAUGGAAAAUUUUUAAUCCGAGAAAGGGACAGCAAUGGUUCCUAUGCUCUGUGUCUGCUGAAUGAUGGAAAAGUACUGCAUUAUCGUAUUGACAGAGAUAAGACAGGAAAGCUCUCCAUACCAGAUGGAAAAAGAUUUGACACCCUCUGGCAGUUAGUUGAGCAUUAUUCAUACAAACCGGACGGAUUAUUAAGGGUUCUGUCCAUUCCCUGUCCACGGCAUGGCUCAGAAAGUGAUAACUCUUCUUUUGACACUCGUCCUCUUCCUGGAACCCCUUCUAAGAGUUGGGCAAGAGGUGGAAUUAUCUCAAGAAUCAAAUCGUACACCUUUCCAAAGGCUGGCAGCAAAAAGCUCCAGACACCUAUUGGUCCCUCAUCUGAUGACCAAACACCUUUUAAUCCUUAUGUACUGCAAAGGGCAAGAGGUCUAAUAGAAGCAGAGAAAGGUGAUCAGAGAGAGGCCUUACCCAUGGACACUGAGGUUUAUGAAAGUCCGUAUGCUGACCCAGAUGAAAUUAAACCAAAAAAUGUCACUCUUGAUAGGAAAUUGUUAACCCUAGAGGAAGGAGAGCUUGGCUCUGGCAACUUUGGUACUGUAAAGAAAGGGUUCUAUAAGAUGAAGAAGGGGGCCAAGCCAGUGGCUGUAAAAAUUCUUAAGAACGAGAGUAAUGAUCCGGCCAUAAAGGAUGAGUUACUGAGAGAAGCAAAUGUAAUGCAGCAACUGGACAACCCAUAUAUAGUCCGAAUGAUAGGUAUAUGUGAAGCAGAGGCCUGGAUGUUAGUAAUGGAAAUGGCUGAACUUGGGCCACUGAACAAGUUUUUGCAAAAAAAUAGGCACAUCACAGAAAAGAAUAUAACAGAACUUGUACAUCAGGUUUCCAUGGGGAUGAAAUAUCUGGAGGAGAAUAACUUUGUACAUAGGGAUCUGGCUGCAAGGAAUGUGCUAUUAGUCACCCAGCAUUAUGCCAAAAUCAGUGACUUUGGACUAUCUAAGGCUCUUAGUGCUGAUGAAAAUUAUUACAAGGCACAAAGUCACGGAAAAUGGCCAGUCAAGUGGUAUGCUCCAGAAUGCAUGAAUUUCUACAAGUUUUCUAGCAAAAGUGAUGUCUGGAGCUUUGGAGUUUUAAUGUGGGAAGCAUUCUCUUAUGGGCAAAAGCCCUAUAAAGGAAUGAAAGGCGGCGAAGUUGCACAGAUGAUUGAAAGAGGAGAACGAAUGGAACGUCCUGAAGCCUGUCCAGUGGAAGUCUAUGACUUAAUGAAAUUAUGUUGGACGUACAAUGUUGAUGACCGACCAGGAUUCGUUUCCGUGGAGUUGCGAUUACGGAACUACUAUUACGACAUUGCCCACUAGCCACGUGAGCAGCAGCUUGCCUUUCUUCAGCAAAGAGAAGCAGUUCAAAUUCUGAAACGAAGUGACCUAUUUUUGUACUGUCACCCUCGCCAUAUACAGUUGAGAGCUAAGCUCUGUUUGUGAGGUUGCCUUUUUUUUUUUUUUUUUUUUUUUUUGGCUUUUUUUGCAGAAUGUCAAGCUCCAAAGUAGAGCAGCACAACAUAAGUGCAGAUGCAUAGACUUCCAUUACGUUCCAUUUUAUUUACAGCUUUAUUAUCUUUACAUUCUUCUGUCAUGUAAAACCUAUUUAAAGUCUUUCAACCCUCUUCCUCUUACAUAUUUGAGUGCAGAUGGGGAUUUAAUUUUCUGUUGUUAAUAUUCUUAGCUCUCAAAUUGUGUUGUUCCAGCCUUCUCCCUAUUUGAGAAAGAAUAGCAUAAACAUUUUUCACUGUAAAAAAAAUUUACUGUGACGGUGUCAGUUACUUUGACAUUGUGUUUGAUUCUAUCCCCACUACUUUAUAACCAAAUUGUAUUCUUCUUGUUAGUAACAUUUGCAGUCAGGAGCUGGGAGAUGUGAAUUUCUAAAAUGUAGAAAAAUAAAAGGUGUUACCAUCUCCUCUCUUGUGGUAUCCCCAAAUGGGAAUUACUUUAUUAAUGGUAAAACCAGGGAAUUCAAUGGCUUGGUCUCACCUUGGGACAAAAGACCAAAGCAAUUAGUCUUCUAACCUGAAGUCCAUCACUGCAGUUCCUGAAAAGACAAUUAUGCUUUGAAAAUUGAAGGAGCAGCAACUUUGCUUCAUGUUUCAGCCUUCUCUAGAUACAUCUUUUACACUGUCUUUGGAUAUACCAAAGCUUCUUGUGUUGUAUUUUAAGCAGAACCAUAUCUUUUUCCAAACCUUUCUUCAAAAGCAUAUGUGGUUAUUCACCACAGCUUAUAACUUCUGAAGCUCAAUUUCACUCCCAGCUCAAGUAUUUUGAAAUAGGCUCAUGGAUAUUCACUUUACUUUUGUCCUUUCCUAAAUUCUAGCAUUAUUAAUCAUUGUGAACAUCUCAGAAAAAGGUGUUUGUCUUACCAUAGGUUUUGUGAUGCGCCAAGCAGAGUUUCCAGUACUGUGUAGGUAUAGCAGUGAUAAUAUAAAUUAUGUAAUCAACUUCUGUCCCCAGUUUUUACUUGUAUGUAUUUUUGUUCAAUCUCAUUUUAAAUAUUCUAGAAAUCAAAAUUUCUUCUCUGUGUUCCCCACAAGCAGCCAUUUGACAGGCACCUGUGUAUAUUUCAGGAGUCUACUAGAUACAGGGAUUUUAAAGAAAUAUGAAAAGAUUUAGAGUUAGAUAUACCUAUUGCAUACAGAUGUUUGGAACAUAUGUUUUCAAUUGUUAUGUGAACAGGACAUUCUUAGCAAUGCGGUGAUAUUUUUGGGCAGUUACACUGAGAAGUGAAAUUAUAUGAAUAAAAUACAGCUAUAAAAA